AAAGUGAUCAAGUCGGCUCGCACACAUCGAGGUGAUGGUGAAAAGAAAAUCGAAACCGUGAGCUAGAACAAAAUGAAGCCGUGCGCCGUAUGCAAAAACCAAUCAAACAUCACCGACACGCUGACGGACGAUCCGAUGAAGCGCAUAUCGUACCAUCGGAUACCGGCCAACCCGGAACGGGCCAGCCUUUGGAUUGAGGCUUGCGGCAUCUCGAUACGCGACGGUCCAACGCGAAAGUUUAUCUGCAGCGAACACUUUACGGAAGAUUGCUUCGAACAGGACAUGAGCGCAUUGCUGAUGGACGGCGUGAGGCGAAAGGUGCUGAAGAAGCUCGCCAUCCCGUCGAUCCGUGUACCGGUAAAGCGCAAAGAAACGGAGGAUCAGUCGGAGCUUGCGAUCAAGAAGCGCAAAGAGGAGGUCGACAAGCUGCUCCGCGGUGAGGUGCCCGUGGUUCAACCCGUGAUAAACCCUUUACGCAAGUAUCCGACGAAGGAAGAGCGCCAAGCGCAAACUAUCAGCGAUCUGCAAAGAAAGAUCGACGAGCUGCAGCAAGCGAACGGUUUGCAGCAGAAAAAAAUCGUUGCCCUCGAGCAAGCGUACACGGAGGAACGGGAAAAAGCCCGUAAGGCGGAGUUGCUAAACAACCAAAAAGCACAACGCAUCAGCCUGGCCAAAGCGGAAAUGGUCAAUCUCGCCAUCUCGCUGCAGGAGCUAAAAGACACCGGGAACAAGCACGUGAACGAUCGUGUGAAGCAAAUUUUAGGUGAAUACUUUAGCGAAGGGCAACUGGCGUGCAUACUGGCCGGUGCGGACACGCAAACCGGCACAAACCUAGUCGGUUGGACGGAUGAUGAGCUCGCGAAAUCGCUUGAGUUGCGCUGUAUCAACGUCGAAGCAUUCCACUACAUGAUCGAUCAGUUCCACUAUCCGCUGCCGGAAACGCUACAAAUAGAAAAUUGGAUCCAUGGUGUUUACCUGGAGAAAGGGAUGAAUGCUGCCGCCAUUCGGAUGCUGGAAUCCUACACAUUGCUCCUGCCCAACCCUAACGAUCUCAUCUGUGCGUUGAACCUCGUGCGAGUUGACGCACCGGUACGGUACUCGUACGACCGCAUUCGUGACCAGAUCGUUGGCCCCAAUGCACAGCUUCACUGUGUGUGCGUACAGGGUAUCUUUGCGGAGUGGAAGCAGAUUGUGCACCUCGAUUUCGAUCUGGUGUACGGUGCCGCUCUGUUGAAACGGCUCGUAGAGCUGUUGCAUCAAGCAAACUAUCGCGUGGUUGCCAUAACGACGCCCUGCGAUCGAGAAUCGGCCGAUAUAUGGAGCGAGCUGGAUGUUAGCGUCGACCGGCACUACAUUCUCCAUCCCGUUACGGGUGACCGUAUCUAUCUGUUUCCGUGCGCAGAGAGUUCACUUACCUCCAUCCAUCGGAUCCUGCUUGAGGAUGGGUUCGUGUUACAGGAAGCCGGUAUUACGGUUGGUAAGGAGUCGCUGCUGCAGCUGGUUGAAUCCCAGGAUCCACGAAUCACCACGCUGCUUGAUUUCGAUCGACGCCAUCUCGAACGUGAGAUUCUAAACGAACCAUUUCACGCGGACGCAUCGAGGCAAUUGAUUUCACACCGCACGGCACAAGCGUUUAAAAUAUUGGCCGAAAACGAAGACGAUACGAUCGGUACCAUGGCAACGCUCCUGGAUUUGUUCAGCGAUUGGUAUGAACUGUGCACUACAACGACCACUUCCACCGUAGACAGCGAGCGUGCGAUCACACGAGUUCCGUACGGUGCCUGCGAAGACGAGCAGAACAUUGUGCUCGAUGGUAUGCUCGAUACGAUGGAAAGCAUACGGUGCGUAAACCCGGACUGUAGCUACCUCCCGGAAGGCAUCAUCAUCUCGAUCGCUUCAGCCCGUAAACUAUUGAAUGAGUUGCGUCCCCAGUUGGACUCAGCUAAUGCGACCGGCAUACCCAUGCAACGACUGUGUAGCACGCCGAUGCACAAAACCCUCGCCAGUCUCCAGGAUUCCAUCAGCGUUACCUCGGAAACGUGCAUUCUCUCCUCACAGGGUGCCUUGAUGCAGCUUUGCCGUGCCGUAUCCAACGCCAAACAAGAUACACACGUUUCGAACACACUCCUACAGGCAGCGAAACUUUCGAGCGACAUUCAGAUAACACUACCACAGGAAGAACCACCAGAUCCGGAUGUGCGUGGCGCUACGGAACCACAGGCAUGCCAAUUUCUAACGAACCUUAUUGCGAACCGAAUGCACCAUCAGUACGAAUAUUUGGGUGAGGUUUUGUAUGCGAUCGAGCUACAGAACGACCGUUAUGUGGUUGUGCCAGCGGCUGGAAAUGCGGCAAAGGUAGAACCUUCACCGCUGUGGAUGGAACAGGCACGCCAGCUCGAGACGUACGUCGUUGACGCCAUCUACCAUCGCAAGGAGGGACUUGUGGAAGGGCUAGUGGAAGCGAUCUGCCAGCAGCAUCCCACCAUGGAACGAAAUCUGAUCGCAAUGUACGUCUCGAAGCGUAUUGCAAUCAAGCUGCAAUGUUUAAAUGCGGAGCUCGAUGCACUGGGAGCAUGUGACGCUACGUGGCUGACGUUGUAGAUCAGUCCGGGGAAUAAACGCGGUUAGGAAUUCUGAGCAAGAGCUGCGCCGUGCAACGAA